AUGUCAUAUGAUGUCUGGAACCCUAAGAAGACCUGCUUUCUUCUAGGUCUACAUGGAAGAGUUAAUGUUACUGUUAUUGCUGCUACAAAUCGUCCUGACAAGAUUGAUCCUGCCCUUCUUAGACCAGGGUGGUUUGAUCGACUCCUAUAUGUUGGACCCCCUAGUGAAACAGAUCGUGUUGACGUAUUUCAUGUUCAUUUGCGUAAAAUGCCUUGCGGUUUUGAUGUUGAUGUAAGCGAGCUGGCUCAUCUCACUGAAGGUUGUACUGGUGCUGACAUAUCUUCGAUCUGCAGGGAAGCAGCAAUUUCAGCAAUUGAACGGAGUCUUCGGCGGAAGACUUUCCGGUAUAAUAUUAUAGACUAUGAUGAGGAUUAUUUAGACGACGACGACUUUUCGGAGGAAGAGGAGGAUGAGGAUGAUGAGGAGGAAGUGGAUGGGAUUGGUAAGAGGAGGAAGAAGGUGAAGUCGGUUUUAAAGCUGAAUAGUAGUAAUGGAAGGAAGGUGAGUGGUGGCGGACGGAGGUCGGUGAGUCGACGAAGUUGUGACUCGGAGGAGGAGGAGGAAGAGGAGAGAGAAGUGAAGAAGAGGAAAGUAGUGGAGGAUGAAGAUGAUGAAGUUGAAAAUGAGGAAGAAGAAGGAGAUGACGAUGAUGAGGGAAUAGAUGGGAAAGAGGAUGAGGAGGAGGAGGAGGAGAAAAAGGGAGAGGAUUUUGUUUGUGGGACCCCCAAUGUUAAAAUUAGUCAUGAUGAUGAUGAUGGGAAUACUCCUAUGCCAGAUAAAAAGCAAUUGGAGUUGAUACUGGACAAACUACAAAAAAAAGAUACAUAUGGUGUUUAUGCUGAACCAGUUGAUCCUGAGGAGCUCCCAGACUAUCACGAUGUAGUCGAACAUCCCAUGGACUUUUUCACCGUGAGGAAGAAGCUUGCGCAUGGUUCUUACUGCACUUUGGAGCAAUUUGAGAGUGACGUAUUCCUAAUUAGCUCCAAUGCAAUGCAGUAUAAUGCACCUGAGAUAGUUUACCAUAAACAGGCUCGCGCAAUCAAAGAACUUGCUGAAAAGAAAUAGCGGAUAAGGAUGCAGAUUGAGCGAUUAGAGAUAGAGCCGAGAUGUGAACCAAAAUGUGAACCAAAAUGCGAACCAAAACUUGAGCCGAAAUUUGAACAGAAAGAGAGAUCCUACUCACUUGCCAAAAAACAAACAAAGAAGCUGUUUUACGGAGGCUCAAAGGAACAUGUAGGAUCUGAUUUCUCAUCAUGUGCCAUCCUUGCCACAAUGGAUGCCCCUAAUGUUUGUGGCGCUGAUCAUGCAAAUAGCUUUGAGAGACCAAGUAACCACGAUGGGCCUGUAGACGGAACAUCUACCCUUGCAGAUAAUUAUAUGGAGAAAGCCGAAGAUCCACAAUUAGGAAAGGGUGUCCUGCCAAAAUUUGGAAGGAGAUCAUUUGUGGUUGAUGAGAACCGCCGUGCAACUUAUAAUAUAUCAAAUCAGCCCGAAGAUAGGCCUGAGUCAGUAUUUACAACGUUUGAAGACGACAAGAAGCAGCUAAUUCCCGUUGGGUUGUCUGGGGAAUUGUCCUACGCCCGUAGUUUGGCUCGGUAUGCUGCUAAUCUUGGGCCUGUAGCUUGGAGAAUCGCCUCCAAGAGAAUUGAACAGGUUCUUCCUCCCGGCUUCAAACAUGGUCGUGGAUGGAUUGGUGAAUAUGAGCCACUUCCUACAGCGGUGCUAGUUGUUGAACGUCGAACAGAUCCCUUUGCUUCAAGGUUACACAAUGUUGCUCAAAUAAUAAAGGAUGACAAAAAGGACCCCAUUGUUUCAAGAACACAUGAUGUUGUUGAUUCUAGAAAGGUUGAUAAACAUUUGGAGGGGCGACCUCAGGCUAAUGUAAGCCUGGUUAAUCAACCUAGUCCUAAUGGAAAGUUGGCCACCAUAUUUUGUUCUGAAGAAGGAGCUAAACCACCUGCCUCUACUGUUUAUGUCUCUCAACAUCAGAAUCCAUUUUCCAGAGGUUUUCAACAUGUGAGUUUCAAGGAUGCUGAAACAUCCUGUCCAUCUACAAACAGUCAGCCUGAGAAAGUUAUUUUCCAGCAGCAAAUCCGAUAUCCGAGGGACGCAAUUUGUCCUGAAAAUAUGGGUGCAAAGAGAGUGGAACCGAAUUCUCCAUCGACAUCUGAUCAGAAAAGAAAUUAUGUUCCUCAAAAACAAAUCCCUCAUGGUAUGGAAAUAGGUAAAAGGAGGGUAGAAACCAAUUUUCAGCCCACAUCUGUCCAGAAAAUAGAUAGUGUUCCACAGAGACAACCUGCUCAUUCAAUUGAAAUGUCGGCAUCCAAACCAAGUGAAUCCUUACCCAAGGGUAAAAAUUUUCUGCAGUCUCUGCCUUUCAAGCAGCCUGAUACAAAUGGAAGUGCUCCUGAUGGUUUAUCUAAUGGGAAAGCAGUCAACACUUUUGUAGGUAGUAAUAGAGUAGUCAGUUCAUCCCCUCAAGGUUUAAUAUCACAGCAGCAGUUAGCUGGAGCAGCACUACCCUUCCCCCAGAAACAGUCACAGGAUCAGGGUCUUAGUGACCCAGUCCUGGUUAUGAAGAUGAUGACAGAGAAAGCUCAAAGGCAACAGAAUAAGUCAGUUCAUGCUCAUAAUCCUGCACAAGCUCAAAGGCAACAGAAUGGGUCAGUUCAUGCUCAUAAUCCUGCACAAGCUAGGCCAUCUGUUCCAUCACCAAGAGGAGACACUGCAGGUAAUGCUGCAGCAGCUGCUGCUAGUGCUUGGAUGUCUGUUGGCUCUGUAGGAUUUAGACCAACUUCUCAAAACUCGGCAACAAAUAGAUGUUAGAUUUCUUCAGAUUCGUUGUAUAAUGCAACACGAAUGUUCUAUCCUCAGGCAAUGCAACCUCAUAUUGAAUAUCCGGUCUUAGGUAUGAUGCACCACAGUCAGUCAGAAAAGGUGGGUCUUCCCUUCCAAUCCUUCGCAUCGUAUCCUGUUA